CUGCUUUACAGAUAGCCACUGAAGACCAUGUGCUUUUGGGUUGGAGGAAACCCCACUCUCAAUAUCAGCCACCUUCAGAAUUCAAUACUAUGGAGAAUCCCAAUCACAGAGUGGUGUCAACACAAUCUUAUGGAGGGUGUGUGCUUACAAUUUAAAUGUUUGCUUAUUUGAGACUAUAUAAGCAAGUGGUCCCAAGUGAACUUUGACCCACUGCAGAAGCUAGCUCUCAUUGGUCAAGGCUUGGACUGAGCCCUCUCUCUGUUGUGUUCUGGAACCAAUGAGAUUAAAGUUAGAUAGAAAAUACCUAGUAAUCUGUGUCAAUCACUUUAAGUUCUGUCAUCUGUAUGCAGGCAGCAUGAGUAGAGUGUGGGCCAUGUUCAGAUCCUAUCCAUACAUUACCAAUGUUGUGGGCUAUACAACUCUUUUUGCCACUGCAGACUUAAUUCAGCAAAGCAUGCUGGGAGGCACACAUGGUCAAAGCACUCAGCUCAGUGGGGAAACUUCUGAACAGGAGCUAUCAGUCACAUCCAGAGAGGAAGGAGCUGUGGCUCACCUCAAACACUCUGAAUGGAGCAAGCAUUCAACUGAAGAAAAGGAUUCAUCAGAAACGGUGACAAAUGUUCCAAUGCACAGUGUUGACUGGAGCCAGACUUUUCGUGUAGCAUUGGUGGGGUUGUGUUUUCAUUCCAACUUCAACUACCACUGGCUACGUGCAUUAGAGAAGAGGUUUCCUGGGGGAGGGGCCAAAAAAAUAUUUGUGAAAGUGUUUCUGGAUCAGCUAAUUGCUGCUCCUGCAACGAUUAGUGCCUUCUACAUAGGGUUGAGCACUUUAGAAGGGCGAGAUGACCCCUUGGAAGACUGGAAAAAUAAAUUCUGGACUUCCUACAAGACUGGGGUUGUCUACUGGUCCAUAAUGCAGGCAGUCAAUUUCUCUCUGGUUCCCCCGAUAGCACGCACAGUUUUUGUUGGAGGAAUCUCACUGGGUUGGACUGUCUUUCUCUGUCAUUUCAGACAGCAGAAGAAUGAAUCUCACUCCAGCUGUCCAACAUAACAUCCAUUAAUUAUGUACCAUGAAAUAAAACUAAUCUGCUGCUCUU